AUAGUCCAUCUGACGUUUCAAUUUCAUAGAUUUAUGGGCAAGGGAAGGCGUUGUAGAAGAAAGCUCAUCCUCCAAUAGUUUUGAUGACGGCCGCUAAUUGAUUUACUGCAAUUGGAAGUUGAUUUACUAACGUUCCGUCGUCCCAGGUAGUAUUAAAUACCCUGGAAGUGGUUUUUGUUUGAAAGUGUAAAGAAAAGGCAUAAAACUGGUGUUCGACAAGUCACUUGGCAAUAUGCCUGCCGUCAGGGGAGAUGGAAUGCGAGGACUCGCAGUCUUCAUAUCAGACAUAAGAAACUGUAAAAGUAAAGAAGCGGAGAUUAAAAGAAUCAAUAAGGAGCUCGCCAACAUAAGAAGCAAGUUCAAAGGUGACAAAACUCUUGAUGGCUAUCAGAAGAAAAAGUAUGUGUGUAAGCUCCUGUUUAUUUUCCUGUUGGGCCAUGACAUCGACUUCGGUCAUAUGGAGGCGGUCAACUUGCUGUCCUCUAAUAAAUAUUCCGAGAAACAAAUUGGAUACUUGUUUAUUUCUGUGCUGGUGAACACCAAUAGUGACCUUAUCAAGCUCAUCAUCCAGAGCAUCAAGAAUGACCUGCAGUCACGUAACCCAAUCCACGUAAACCUUGCUCUGCAGUGCAUUGCCAACAUUGGCAGUAAGGAUAUGGCAGAAGCCUUUGGAACAGAGAUUCCUAAACUUCUUGUAUCUGGAGAUACCAUGGAUGUUGUGAAACAAUCAGCUGCUCUGUGUCUACUGAGAUUGUUCCGUAAGUCCCCAGAAAUCAUCCCUGGAGGUGAGUGGACAUCAAGAAUUAUUCAUCUUCUCAAUGACCCUCAUAUGGGUGUAGUGACUGCUGCCACCUCACUUAUUGAUGCUUUGGUAAAGAAGAACCCUGAGGAAUAUAAGGGAUGUGUGACACUUGCUGUUGCACGAUUGAGCAGGAUUGUGACUGCUAGUUAUACUGACCUGCAAGAUUACACAUACUAUUUUGUGCCAGCACCAUGGCUUUCAGUAAAAUUAUUACGUUUGCUGCAGAACUAUACUCCACCCUCUGAGGAACCUGGUGUUAGAGGGCGUCUUUCUGAAUGUUUGGAAACAAUCUUUAACAAAGCCCAAGAACCUCCCAAGUCAAAGAAAGUUCAGCACUCUAAUGCUAAAAAUGCUGUUUUGUUUGAAGCAAUAAGUUUAAUCAUUCACAAUGAUAGUGAACCUAACUUACUGGUUCGUGCAUGCAACCAGUUAGGUCAGUUCCUAAGCAACAGGGAGACAAAUCUACGCUACUUAGCUCUUGAAUCCAUGUGCCAUCUUGCUACUUCAGAGUUUUCACAUGAAGCUGUCAAAAAGCACCAAGAGGUGGUCAUACUAUCCAUGAAAAUGGAAAAAGAUGUAUCAGUCAGACAACAAGCUGUGGAUUUGUUGUAUGCUAUGUGUGACAAAACUAAUGCUGAAGAAAUUGUUCAAGAGAUGUUGGCUUAUUUGGAAACUGCUGAUUAUUCUAUCAGAGAAGAAAUGGUGUUGAAAGUUGCCAUACUAGCUGAAAAAUAUGCAACAGAUUUUACUUGGUAUGUGGAUGUCAUACUCAAUCUCAUUAGAAUUGCAGGAGACUAUGUGUCUGAAGAAGUGUGGUACAGAGUUAUACAGAUUGUAAUCAACAGAGAAGAAGUCCAAGGCUAUGCUGCUAAGACAGUGUUUGAGGCCUUACAAGCUCCUACAUGCCAUGAAAAUAUGGUUAAAGUUGGAGGAUAUAUUCUUGGCGAAUUUGGUAACUUAAUUGCUGGAGAUACGCGAUCUUCACCUCAAGUUCAGUUUGAGUUGCUUCAUUCCAAGUAUCAUUUGUGCUCUGCUGCCACUAGAGCUUUGUUGUUAUCCACAUACAUUAAACUGGUGAAUUUAUUCCCUGAGAUAAAAAAUCGUGUUCAAGAAGUAUUUCGUGCUGAUUCUAAUUUACGCUCUGCUGAUGUGGAGCUCCAACAAAGAGCAUCUGAAUAUCUUCAGCUGAGCAUUGUAGCCAGUUCUGAUGUGUUGGCAACUGUUUUGGAAGAAAUGCCUGCAUUCCCAGAAAGAGAAUCCUCUAUUUUGGCUGUGUUGAAAAAGAAAAAGCCUGGCCGUAUACCAGAUGAUGUAAGAGAGUCCAAGAGUCCACAGCCAACAACAGCAGUAACUGCUAAUGCUGUACAUUCUACUAAUAAUACUAACAAUUCCAGUGCAGAUCUUUUGGGAUUAGCCACUCCUCCUGGCACUACUGCUCCAUCCACUGGAAAUGGACUACUUGAUGUCCUAGGGGACCUCUACACUACUCCUAAAAUUAGUCCAAACACAGUGCAACAAAAUAAUGCCAAGAAAUUUUUGUUCAAAAAUAAUGGUGUCCUGUUUGAAAAUGAGUUAAUUCAAAUAGGCGUCAAAAGCGAAUUCAGACAAAACCUGGGAAGAAUUGGAUUAUUCUAUGGAAAUAAGACACAAUUUCCAAUUCAAAAUGUUCGUCCAGAACUACACUGGACUGAUUUGCACAAACUUAAUGUACAGAUGAAACCAAUGGAACCAGUUUUGGAAGCUGGAGCUCAAAUUCAGCAAAUGUUAACUGCUGAAUGUAUUGAAGACUUUGCAGAUGCUCCUAGCAUGUCUGUAUCUUUUGUGUACAAUAAUGUUCCCCAGAAAAUCACAAUGAAACUUCCACUUACUUUGAAUAAGUUCUUUGAACCCACUGAAAUGAAUGGGGAGUCUUUCUUUGCAAGAUGGAAAAAUUUGGGAGGUGAACAACAAAGAGCACAAAAAAUAUUUAAAGCGCAAGGACCAAUUGAUAUAAUGGCAACACGUACAAAGUUAGCAGGAUUCGGAAUGCAGUUGUUGGAUGGGAUUGAUCCUAACCCAGACAACUUUGUACUAGCUGGAAUUGUGCAUACCCGAGUUCAACAAGUUGGAUGCCUCAUGAGAUUGGAACCAAACAAACAAGCUCAAAUGUUUAGACUUACUGUUAGGUCUAGCAAGGAAAGUGUUUCACAAGAGGUUUGCAAUCUUUUAGCUGAUCAGUUCUAAUAUCUAAAUAUUUUUAAGAAAUGACCACAUUAUAUGAACAACAUUGUGAGACAAUGAAUUUGAUGUAAUAGUUGCCUAGAAGUUCACAGCCACUGUUAGUAGAGAUGCUGUAUUGCAGUUGCAGCCAAUUAGUUGAGUACCUUUAUGAUACAACACACUUGUGAACUUUGCACUGAUACGGUAUGAAAUAUGAAAAUCUCCUGUGUACAAUUUUGAUUUACUUAUACAUUGCUAAUUUUAGUGUUAGGUGUUUUUAACAGAUAAAUACAUUAUUUUAGUUCAAAAUGUAAAUCUAAUUCUUCGUGGCAAUGAAGAUAGUAUGAAAUAGAUAUUGUCCUAAUUGUUUUUGAAAUUGAUUUCAUAAUCUGUUACAGAUUCUGUGUUUCAGAUUGGUCAUUCAUUUUGUAAAUCAUGUUUGCUUCAUAAAAACCUCUACUGAUAUGUAAUAAGAUUUUUUGUAAUAACUGCAGCAAAAUGAAUGUCAUUUGUUUUAAAAUAAUUAUAUACAUUUUCUUUAUUCUUUUUGUUUUUAAGGAUGUAUAUUUGAAGUAUGGUAUAAACAUACCAAAAAUAUAUUGCUUUAUUUGUAUGAUAUAGAUUUUGAUAAAUUUUGGCAUGGUAAUAUUUAAAAAGCUUCAAUUUCAUAGAAUUGUUGAAGCUCUGUCUAAUAUAACUCUCUAAUGGAUAAAAUCUAGUAAAUACUAUAAUACCAAAGUAAAUCAAUUUGGCUGUUGAAAGUCAUCUUUAUACAUCAGCAAUCUAAACUUGAGAACAUUGUGUACUACCUACAAUACUGGGGUUUCACAUAAAGUUAGUGUAUUAAGUCGCCAUAUAUUGUUGAUCUUCGCUAACUACAUAUCUUUAAAUUGUUGAAAAUCAUCAACAGUCUUCGGCACUAAUAACAUUAUGUAAAGGCAAAAAGGUCAACAGUUUCACUUAUAAAAAUUUGUAGUAUGUUUAUGUGAGAUUCAAAAUUGUACAGCUGUAGCAAUGAGUGUUUGUGACCGUUUCUAUAUUACUGUUAUAGGUAGUUGCAUUGCAUGUCACAGAGUGUAAUCACACGAUGAUGUGUCAAUGGGUGUUAUCUAUUUGCGAAUAAACAGACUUUUCAUGCGCUUGAGUAACACUAGUAUAUAACGACACGAGAUAAUUACCAGUUUCCCGAGUCGCGGUAUUUGUUAGUAAAUUCGACUAUGGUGUAUACGUUAGGCACUGGCAAUGGUUAUAUACUAACGCGUUAUUAAGUUUCGUGUAAUGUUCCUGUUAAUCGUUAAAGUAUAGUAUCAAAACUUAUUUAUUCUUUAUUAUUAUUAUAUAGCUUGGUUAAUUCCAAUUCUCAUCUUAUAAAAAUUUAAUACCUAUUGCGAACGUAAAACAACGCUGUAUUAUGAAAAUAUGUAUCUUGCUUUAUAUUCGCAUACAUUCCUUAGGUGACAAAUUUAUUUUAUUUUAUUAAUCCCAAGGAUAAUAAAUAUCCAGUUACUUAGUCCUAAUAUUGCCCAGUCUAAUUACGUUAAAAACCAACAUAUUAAUACGGUAAACGUUGCCUUUAGUUAAUUUCGCGAAACUGAAGGUAAUGAACUCGUGUAACUACAUUAUACUUAUGAUAAUCUUCGAAACUACGUUGAAUGUACUCAUGUAUAUUAUAGAGAUUAAUCGAAAAAUAUUGUUUAUGUUUUAUUUGAGUUUAAUUUAGGAAUCUCACACAUUAGAUGAUUUAUUUUCAUAAUCUACUAUGAAAUUAGAACAUAGGUUUAGGCAAGUUAGUAUUAUGGUACUGGACAUAAAAUGUUGUUAUAAAUUUAUCAGUAGCAUGCUAAAGCUUUCGUUGCAUGGUAGGUUUGUUAAGAAAAAAAGUAAUAAUAUAUCACAUUGUUUCACAUCCAUGUAUUUCAUCUUGUUGAAGUGUGGUAUAUCUUAUAUGUAUAUUAUGAAAGUUACGGAGCAGAUUAUACAAGCUUAUUUGAUACAUGUACACAUCGUGUAUUGUGUGUGAUUAUUAUCAAAAAUGUACAAUAUCGCAUGAAGUUUGAGUGUGAUGCAGAAAUAGAGAUAGAUGUUUGUUCUUGCUUCGACUGUUCGACAUCAUAUUGUAAUUGUCUAAAUAAAUAUUUAUCCAAUACAUACAUAAUAUUUAA